AUGUCUGAGGUCCUGCCAUACAGCGAGGGGAAAAUGAACGGCUACGGGACGGACAACGACGUCAGUCAAAUGUCCUUUAGCUGCGGGCUCCAGGAUACCAACUCGUUCUUCGGGGCGUCACAAGCGAAAAGACCCCCCAAACUCGGACAGAUCGGUCGAGCUAAAAGAGUGGUAAUCGAAGACGACCGAAUAGACGAGGUUCUGAAAGGGAUGACAGACAAAUCGUCACCUGGUGUUUAA